AUGGGUUGGAAAGCAGCUGAGAAACUGAUUAGGCACUGGAAAAUACUCAGAGGAGAUAAUGUGAUGAUAAUCAGAGGAAAGGAUAAAGGUGAGACUGGUGUUGUUAAGCGUGUCGUUCGCUCUCAAAAUCGUGUUAUUGUCGAGGGCAAAAAUCUGGUGAAAAAGCACAUCAAGGCAGGUGCAGGUCAUGAAGGUGGAAUCUUUACAGUUGAAGCCCCACUUCAUGCAUCAAAUGUUCAAGUUGUCGACCCGGUUACAGGGAGGCCUUGCAAGGUUGGAACUAGAUAUCUGGAAGAUGGUACCAAAGUAAGAGUUUCGAGAGGUCUAGGAGCAUCUGGGUCCAUAAUUCCUCGCCCGGAGAUUUUAAAGAUAAGGACAACUCCAAGACCUACUGUUGCUGGUCCCAAGGAUACUCCAAUGGAUCUUGUAUUGGAGAAGACAUACGAUGCUAAAACUGGGAAGGGCAUGCCUGACCUUUGA